AUGGUGAUUGACGGGUUCGAAGCACGAUACGACGUACCCAAGUGCCCUUCACUGGCCCUGUCGUAUCGCCAGUGCCAACAUGAUAAGAGAAUAUCACCUCAAUCGCUAAGGGAGCAAGAGUUCAUGGAAUACAACUUCACCAAGAACAAGUACGGCGAGGACCUACUGAAGCCGUCCGCACGAUGCUGCAAUCCGGAUGUCAUCAUGGCUACGGCAACAAUCACCUCAACCAGUACCAACCAGACCUUUGCUCUGACCGCCGACGAAAUCAAGGCGAUCGGCCAAGCACUCGACAAGAUUUUCGAUGGAACCGAUAUUCUAGACCAGCGACAAGACGAAAGGAAAGCGAUAUCGGAUCAGUCAGCAGUGGCCUGA